UCCCUGUUGAGUAUGGAGGAAAAGUGAAUUGGGCCUUUUAAACUCAGCAACAGUGCCCACUUGGCUCAGUCAGGCGGAGGAGAGUGGAAGUGGAGCGGGGGGCGCUAGCUGAGCUAAGCCCGGGGAUGUAGCUCGCAGUUGGGAUGGCAAAUCGACCGUUUUCCGCACAGUUAGAAUGCGUGUAGGGGGUCGAGGCAUAACCCGAAAGCGAUGACGUUCGUUUGGUUGCUGGAGCUGACCGCAUUUGUGGACUAGAAAGCGACCCGUUUCGAUAAAAGUUUUACUCGCUAACGUUAGUAAAACCCGAAUCCGUGAAUUCGGCUAGCCGUGAUCAUGACGCGUCCGGCGGUGAGCGUUAGCUACUGUUAAAAAGUAGCUAGCUCGCUAGCAUUAGCUAGCAACAUGGACGUGUCCGUACUCAUAAGAUGAUGAGUUUGAGGCUGAACUAGUUAGCUGUAACGCUAGCAAGCGGAGUAGGUUGGUAGAACUUGGUCAGAACUACGUUUAGAAAUUUAAAGAGCAGUCAGAAAUCUGAGCGGAUAUUUUUACUAUCUUCUAAACGGCGAGGGACCGUCAAACUUGACAGAGGAAUGGCUAAUGGCGCUCCAGAUUCAGCUCAUCUACACAGACCUGAAUGAGUGAAGUGGUGAACGAGUCUUGCAUUCUCACUGGAGCGGAAUGAUUUAGCAGGGUGGCACCAGCCGUGCAUGCCAAUAAGAGGAGGAGGAGGAGGAAGAAGGUGAAGAGGAUGGGUGUUAAUGCCUCCAGCUAUCCUCACUCGUGCUCUCCUCGCUUUGGGGGGCAUUCACAGACCCAGCAGACCUUCAUAGGGACAUCCUAUGCACCCACGCAGGGUUAUGGUGGCGAGUCGAAGCUCUACAGCCUGGAGCAUGGUGUUGAGAAACCUCAGGACAAAAAGAAGAAGAGCUCCAGCCUGGCAACCCUCAAGAGAAGGUUCAUCAAGCGCCGCAAGUCCAGCCGCUCGGCAGACCAUACACGGCAGAUGCGCGAGUUGCUCUCCGGCUGGGACGUGCGAGAUGUUAACGCCUUAGUGGAGGAAUACGAAGGCACGGCUGCACUGAAGGAGCUCAGCGUGCAAGCCACCCUGGCCCGGCCCGAGGCCAGGACCUUGCAGCAGGACCUGGCUGCCCUGUACCAGCACAAAUACUGCACAGAUGUGGACCUGAUCUUCCAGGAUGCGUGCUUCCCAGCACAUCGUGCCAUCCUGGCAGCUCGCUGUCCGUUCUUCAAGACACUCCUGUCCUCAUCUCCAGGCUAUGGUGCUGAGGUGCUGCUGGAUGUUGGUACGGCAGGGAUGGAUGCAGCCAUGUUCUCCUCACUGCUACAUUACCUCUAUACCGGUGAGCUGGGUGCAGAAGACACUCGGCUCCAGAACAUAGAUGUCCUCGUACGGCUGAGUGAGGAAUUCGGGACACCCAACUCUUUGGAAGCAGACAUGCGCUACUUGUGCGAGCACAUGUGUUACUAUGACUCUCUGCUCAGCUUUUCCUCGGAGUCUGAGCUUUUGGAACCUUUUGGAGCCAACGGGCCUCCUCCCAGCACCAAUAGCUCAAGCCACAGCGCUCCAGAAGAGGAGCUGAGGGCCCACAAGGCUAUACUUUCAGCCCGCUCACCCUUCUUCCGCAACCUGCUGCAGCGCCGCAUCCGUACCGGAGAGGAGAUCACAGAGAGAACGCUGCAAACACCCACUCGCAUCAUCCUAGAUGAGUCCAUCAUCCCAAAGAAGUAUGCCUGCGUCAUCCUGCACUGCAUGUACACCGACGCAGUAGACCUGUCCUUGGUGAUGCGCGGGAGUCCGUCAGCAGGGAGUCUGGGGGAGGUGCAGGCUUUGGUGGCAGGAAGAGGCAGUAUGAGUCGAGCUGAAGAGGCCAUGGAGCUGUACCACAUCGCUCUGUUUCUGGAGUUCAGUAUGCUGGCUCAGGGCUGUGAGGAUAUUGUGGUGGAGAGCAUCUCACUGGACUCGGUGGUGGCCAUCCUUAAGUGGAGUUCACAGCCCUAUGGCUCGAAAUGGGUCCAUCGGCAGGCAAUGCACUUCUUGUGCGAGGAGUUCAGUCAGGUCAUGACGUCGGACGUCCUCUACGACCUGAGCAAAGAGCACCUGCUCAGUGCCAUCCAGUCUGAUUAUCUACAGGCCAGCGAGCAGGACAUCCUCAAGUAUGUGGUGAAGUGGGGAGAAAACCAACUCAUCAAGAGGAUGGCUGAUCGAGAGCCCAACUUGCUGAGUGGCACAGCACACAGCGUGAAUAAGCGUGGAGUGAAGAGGAGAGAUCUGGACCUGGAGGAGCUGAGGGAGAUUCUGUCUCCUCUUCUGCCUUGCGUCCGCACUGAGCACAUUCUGCCCAUCAACAGCGAGGUUCUUUCAGACACUCUGAAGCGUGGUCUGAUCAGCACGCCUCCUUCAGACAUGCUGCCCACAGCUGAGGGUGGCAAGGCCAAUGCCUGGCUCAGGCAGAAGAGUGCUGGAAUCUACGUUCGCCCUCGUCUCUUUUCUCCCUACGUGGAGGAGGCCAAGGCGGUUUUAGAUGAGAUGAUGGUGGAGCAGACUGAUCUGGUGAGGCUGCGCAUGGUGCGCAUGUCCAAUGUGCCUGACACGCUCUACAUGGUCAAUAAUGCAGUACCCCAGUGCUGUCACAUGAUCAACCAUCAGCAGCUGGCUGGCAGCCAAACAGCCCCACCCUCAGUGGUGGCCAAUGAAAUACCAGUUCCGAGGCUGGCAGUGGUGAAGGAAAUGAUUCGUCGGUUGCAGGAGUUAAGGCACACAGACCAGGUGCAGCGAGCAUAUGCACUAAACUGCGGUGAGGGCGCUACAGUCAGCUAUGAGCUUCAGAUCCGUGUGCUCAGGGAGUUUGGCCUGCCUGAUGGAGCUGCAGAACUACUCCAGAACCCGCACAAAUUCUUCCCUGAGGAGCGUUUUGGAGACGAGAGCCCUGUCCUGGCUGUGCGCCAGUCAGGUCGCUGUCGGGUCAACAGCACACCGGCGGUGGAGAGCAUGUUCACAGACCUGCAAGCUUUGGUGGGUUUCCACCCACCCCUACCACCACCUCCACCUCCAUACCACCCGCCCUCCACACCAGGCCAUAGCCAGCAGCAGCUCAGGACCGGCUGGAGGCCUCGUGUGCCCAGCCAGCCUCCCUCUCGCUCCUUUUCCUACCCUUGCAACCACUCACUGCUCCACAGACAGCCAUCCUCUAAAAUGGGCAGCCCCAUUUACCCACCUGGAGCCAAGGCCCUACCCCCAGAUUGCACCAACACACAGGGGAGGAGCCUGAACCCAGAAAAACAGGGGAACAUGGAGCCAGUCAUCAGUGAGUUCAUGCCAGACAUUGCCAUUGGAGUGUCAGCCAUGAGCCUGAAGGAUCGGCGCCUCCCUGAGGUCACUAUGGAGGUUGAGGCUCACAACUCGCACCCUCACGUCUCCACAGCUCCUCCAAUCUCUCAUUGCUACUCUGGCCGACACCCUCACUCCUCACGCAAGCGGCACGCGGCUGAGCCCAAGGCCGAUGGUCCGCAGCCUGACUUAUAUGAGUUUUCAGGACGCCAUGUGCCGCCCUACACCGGUCCAGAUCUUUAUAUCCACAGCCGGCCCACGGGCAGUGGGCAUCUUCCACCUGUGUACGCUGGUGAACCCCCUGAGGGCCUUCGCCUGGACGUGUUGGAGCAGCCACCACAGAGGCUGGACCUGGCCCUGGUUGCUCAGGGGGCCAGUGCGCAGGCCAGUCAGAGGCCACAGCCAAAAGGAGAAACGGACCUUACUAGUGGCUUAGGGCCUUCCUCUGAGCCAUACAAUGAGUGGCCACAGGGCCGUCGAGCUGGCACAGAUGGGCCGGGACUGGGUCUGUGCACCGGCGGCACAGGGGAAGAGGGAGGAAUGGGGGGCCGGGACCGUAGGUCACCUAAUAAACAAGAAUACCUUUACAGGAAGUCUGCACUCUGACCCAUGAGAAAGACUGAGGAACGCCCACCACCCUCCACCCCCCGGCCUGUUCCGCUUCAUACUCAGUGGUGGGACAGCAGCUAUGUGUGUUAAUGAGGGCACUUAAAGCAUGGAGUGACUUUUUAUCUCAAAAGGCUCAAGACGCAAACUACAUAUGGAUUGAAAGCCUUAUGUAAGAGCUUGGUUUGGUUGGGUGCUAAGAAAGAGAGGGGGAUACACAGCAAGUAUCUAAAUGUUGCAGUUCUUUUCCUCACGCCUGAAACUAAGGUUCACUUGUUCCCCCUGUAGCCCUGCCUGUACAGGAGGUGCAACUGACAAUCAGAACAGAAAUGAAACCCCAUCUUACGUAGUCUCCCAAACUGCAUAAUGAUGCAGAACCAUCACUGUGCAUUUCCAUUACUCUCAUCUCCAUGCCUUUGAGUGAGAGCUGUGGCAGAAUGAGGGGAGACUUAUUUAUUUAUAUAGACAAAUGCGUUUUACCAUUCCUUAGGAAUAAAUUGAAAAAUGCCCAGGCAACAAACAACACACUCAGAGGCCUUCGCCUCGUCCAUGACAAAUAGUUCCCUCGUUGUUUGAAGGGAGAACGGCAGUAAUAGCUUUUGUAAUCCACUGCAACAGGCUUGUACAUUAGCCUGAGUGAUUUAAAAACUGGGCUGGAACAUAAAGAGGAAAACAAAUUAAAUCCCCCUGCCUCUUAUAAGGCUGUGCAACAGGCAUAACAAUUGCAAAGAAGCUCCAUUACCUGUGCAGUAGACAUUUGUUUGUUGUGUCUGUCAGUGUUUUCUUUUUCCUCCUGUCCUUCUUUCACUUGUCUUCGUUCUCUGCUUGGACAUUCUUCAUCUUUCAUUGUUUCAGGUAGUCAUUCUUUCCCCCUUCUAUUACUGAAGGGCAUUUCCACUCAGAAAGUAGGUGAAUGGGUGGUAGUCGUUAACAUGUGAGUUCACCCCUCUGGUCUUUCAUUUACCCUCUAGACAGAUCUCAACCAAACCAACCUUAGAAUCUCGACAUCUUUGCAGUGGACGUGCAUUUGUGCUAUUAGUCUCUGAGUGAUGCCUGCACAUCCUUCUACUCAACCAAUGAUCAACAAUUAUGAUGUCAAGAACAGAUUCUGCAAAAAAAGAAAAAAACUAAAUUAUGAACUUAAGGAUGCAGAGGGAAUAUUGCCUUUCUGGAGGACUAGACAUGGCGUAAGAAGCAUUACCUCACAUUAUACCUGCAUUCCACCCUCAAAUGAUUAAUUUUCUAUGUUUGGCAAGUUCACACCAAAAAAAGAGCGCAUCUCUGAGUGCUGCUUCUGUUAACGCUAUCAAACGCCCCCUGCUGUUUGAACCUCACCUCAGUUUACUCUCUUCCUGUUAUCCUCAUGAGAAAAGGAUCUUUCUCAGAUUCACUUACUGAUGCAUUAAAUAUGCAGCUUUGAUAUUCAUGUGAACAGACUAUCACGUGUUUGAUGGUACUGUAAUAUUAUGGUCUUUUAUGAUACACAAGUGCAACACCUGUGGAAUGUCUUAGUAUCAGGGAUAUGUUGCAGUGAUCACAUUUCAUUUAAGAGCUCAUCCUGAAGAGCUCUCAUCACUGUUUUCUUUUAUCCAUUUGUUUGGCACAGUGGAUGGAGUGUUGAGUUCAGUAGUUGCUAUAAUACCAUGAAUAUUUUUUCAUUUUCAUUCUUUUCUGGCUUAUUUGUAAGCAUUCAUCGCUUCCUGAUUUGUUAUGGAUUGUUUGGUCACUAUGGCGCUUUUGGAUUGGCCUCAAUAUGUGAGACUUGCAUGUUUUACAGUUUCUUUUGCCGUUGAGUUGAUCAAGGGGUGAAACUGCUCUGUACAUGGAGCCAGUGGGGUGUAAUCAUCUGUUAUCUUGGCUGGCUUUUUAAGUCACAUGAACUUUGGCUUACUGCAAUGUAAGCUUAGAGUCUUGCUUGCUACACUCUACCUCUCUUUAGCUGUCCUGCCAUUCACGCUGUUGUGGUUUCGUUUGUUCUCUUCCACCAGCAUCACUCCUAUCAGAUCUUCUUUGCAUUAUUUUCCAAACACAAUCUCUGAGUAAUCAGAAAUCACAUCUUUCAAGUGUUGCAGUAACCAAUUUCUCUUCAUUCUACUAUUUUAUUCAUUUUUUGCAUAGCAUUUUGUUAUACUUUUGAGAACAGUCACAGCUUCUAUGAUAUGGUGGAAAGGUCAGAGUGCUAAGUGAUGAACAGAAGGUUAAAUAAAUGUUUUAUUUCAGUGAUGCUGCCUGUAAAUAGUUUAGAAGGAUCAGAGUUAUGCUUCACAUCAAUUUUCACAAGGUGGCUAGUUGUUUUGUCUUGAUUUGGAACAGUUCUUCCUGCAAAUGAAGGCCUAGCAUAAUGUUGUUGAAGUUUUUCUCUCUUGAUCUUUUAGGUUUUUUUCUAAAAGCGGAAUGCUCAUCACAGGCCUUCCAUCCAGGCUGCUCUCACAAACCCUCAGCAGCUAGUGCCUCCGGCCCUGACAGUGCUGCUUUCUAGACUCCAGGGGAUCAAAUGGCCUCAGUCAUCAUCCCUGUGUUUUAAGGCUCUGGUGUGGAGACACUGUUCCAGUAUACUGGCGCAGGAACUGACAGAUCUCUGUUAGCAAGAUGUAACUGAUCCACAUUUGAUAGUUUGUGAAUCAAGAACGUUUAAAGUGAUCCAGUAUAGACAGCUGUUUUAUGCACUUCACUUAUCUUACUUAUUUGUUCUUUUUGUUUUAUACACUACCAGUCAAACAUGAACACACCUACUCAUAUUGAACAUAUUCCUUUUUUCCAACUAUUUUCCACAAUUGACAUUAAUAAUGAAGACUUUAGAGCUGUAAAAUAACUCCCAUAGAAUUACUCCAGAAGGAAAUAUUGUCUUUCUAUGAAAUAGAGCUACUCAAAGCCCAGUCCACCCUUCUGACACCAAUCAUUCUGAUUGGCAGAAAUGCAUGAACGUGUGCAGAUAUUCCUAAUUAAGACACACCAUUUUUAGGAUUAUAUAAUAAUUUUGGUGCCAACUCUAAAUUUUACUGACGUUCCUCAUGAAAACUGAAUAUUUCAGAAAGCAUUGUUUAAAAUAAAGUAUUUUUUGACUUAAACAUUCAUUGUAAUAUUUGUCUUUGAAACAACUCAAACUUCUAAGCAUAAGCCUUUAAAUUCAAAUGUCUUUAAAGAGCCAGUAUUUUGCAUUUACAUGGGUUUAUGCAUCAUAAACUGAUGUAAUUGGCAUUUACAUUAUUUUCCAACCUCUGCCUCUUUGAACAGGCUGGUUUUUGUUACUGUGCAUUUAAGACUGAUGUAUGUAAACGAGCUCGGUUUUGAUUGGCUGCCACGUAUUGUGCCUCAUUGAGAAAGCAAUCAGGGUUGGAACUCCUUAACUUCAGCAUGAAUAGGUGGAGCAAAAGUUCUUUAGCCUUAAUAGACAGAUAUAUGUAAACAUAUUAGGGUUUCUCAAAAAAAAUUCUGAGUGGGCUGUUUUUGAAAUGAAAUCUUUUUAAAUAGACUGGGAGUGUGUUUUUUGAAGCUUGAAGUUUACCAACUACAGCUCAGUCUUCUGUGCCAAAAAAACAAUGAAGAUCAAUUUGGGCUCUUUAAGAAAACAAACACUCAGGUGUGUCCAGUUUUUUGAACGGUAGUGUAGUUACAGCCUUGUGUCACCUUAGAUAUAGAACGAUGAUCCAAAGCCAUUACAUACAGAGAGAUAUCAAAAAAAAAUUUGUUGGAUCUGUACUGUUGAUCAAUAUCCUGAGUUCAGGUAUCGGAAUCAAUGUCCGAGAGGAGAGGAAGAAGUGAGUUCGACAAUCCCUAAGCUGCAGCACAGAUCCUCAGAGAGCCGACGAUUUAAGCAGACUGAGGCAGAGUGCAGCAUGCUAAUAGCACGAGAGAGACACUAUUCUUUGUCUGUGUUUGUACAUCCUGACACUCAGUGUUUAUUCCAUCACACGUUGAUGAAUAAAUUGAAGAGGAAACCCAGCAUUUUGUUUAUUUUGCUAGUGCAAGUUGAGCAGCCACUGUCACAUCAAAACUGUUUCAGCAUUUGUCCAUUUCUUUUGCCACAUAAAAAUGCCAAGCGACUGACAUUUCCACACAUAACGGUUCAAUUACCUUCUGAGGUGCAUUAGCGUAAAAGCAGCCAGAGCUUUUGCAGUAGCCAUCGAAAUGUUUUUGGCCCCGUCAUUACAAAGGCCAAUUAGCAGUGUGUAAAUAACAAAGCUGCUGCAACUGCUGCUUACUUGCAGGCUUACAUAGCAACUGUUUCACAAAUUUGCUGCUAUGAAUUCUCAAGGGCUUAUUGGAACCUCUUUGCAAAGACAUUUAAAUCAUCAAUUUGUUUAUAUUUUAUGGUUCUUUAUGUGUCUGCUCUUGUGAGUUACCUCUGCGUGUCUGUCCCCUACUUCAUAAACCAUAAAAUGUUUCAACAUGGAUAUUUUUGGAGGGUAUUUUAGUUUGAUAAUUUUUUUAUCUCACAUGGUUUAGUUACGCACAGAGCUGUUCAGGCCUUAGACUGAAGAGUAUGCAGUGGACAUUGGUAAUCUUCUGUGAUAAAUCACUAAGGCCAUUUUAAAUACCACGGUGCAGGGAUGAUAUUACUGAUAUUACUAUGCUGUAUGUCCAAAAGUUUGUAGACACCUGCUCAUCCAAUGUAUCUUCGGAAAUCAGAGGUAUUAAUAGGUAAUUGGGAUGGCUUUACACUAGAUGUUGGAACACUGCAAUCAUAUUCUCACAGCAUUCAACUACCAAAGCGUCAGUGAGGUCAGGUACUGAUGUUGCCUGCUUAGGUCUGGAGCACUCAUGCAUAAGAGAAGAGCUCCAUCACUAGCGAACGCAGAUCCACUGCUCUACAGAUCAGUGCUGAGCGUUAGCAUUGGACAAGGUGACCUUAGGGUUGUGUGGCUGAUCCAGAGCCUCCCAGUGCUUUUUUGUGGAGAUUAUUCUAACAGUGGGUAAAACUUAAAGUAGCUAAAUUCCCUAGUUAGAAGGGGUGUCUGGAUACUUUUGGACAUAUAUCUCUUACAAGCAUAAAGAGUAACCAGCCUAUUAGAGUUUCUCCAGAGCUCAUUAACUUUGUUGUGUUUUAGAUGAAUGGGUGUAUUUAAGCAGGUAAUGAGAGCUAAUUUUUUUCUUUUAGCCUUAAAAGCUAAUAGCAAAGACUGGGCAAUCCAGCAAAAGCAAUGGUGUGGGUGUCUUUGAGAAGACAGCACUACAUUUUGGGUUCUGCUAUGAAUUUGGGGGAGAAAAGAUUUAUAUAUUGAGGUCUUGAUUAGUUUAGCAAAAUGUAUCAAACCAGCACAUCCUCAGCUGCAAGUCAUUGAAAGUGCUUAGGGAUAGGUUGAUAUUUUCAUACAGUAAAUACCCAGGCUGGACAGAAUGAAAGAAUGUACAGGGAAAGGUACCAGUUGCACUACAUUUUAAAGUAGUUCACUCUUUAAUAACGGUGUGUCUUGUGUUUGCUGUGGAUUUAGUGGCCCUCUUGGCUUUGCGUCUGUCCUGCUAGUUUAUCCCCAGUGUCACUCUUUGCACGCAAGUUGUCUUUCCUGAAGACGCAAUGCACAAUACACUCAUUCCUAACCCUUGAAGUAUUAUUAUUUUUAUUUUUUUUGCAUGGCAUCGAGUUAUUUAGCUUCUGACUGCUGCAUGGCUGGGUUCAAUGAAAGGUUUGCCUAUGGAUGUGUGAGGGGGUAAAGGAAGUUGACCGUUUUAGUUGUGAUCUCAAUAUUCCUGCUUUUGCUUUCUCUCUGAUGGAGAAAAUUGAGUGCCUUACCUGCCGGAGGCUGGGCUUUCUCCUGACCCCUUAUGUCUUAUGCAAGCCAUUUUUACAAGCCUAUGUCAACCAGUCUCUUUGUAAAACUGUAGCCAGUGCUUAAUGUACAGUGUUCUGUUUUUGUUUUGUUUAUUCAAAAGAAUAUUUUUCAAGAUUUUUUUGGUACCUUUGAUCAGAAGCCUCGGAAAUGUUGUGUUUUGAUGUAUGUAAAGUGUAAAGAUUUUUUUAUAUAUAUAUAUAUAUAUAUAUAGAUAUAUCUAUGUAUAUCUAUAUAUAUAUAUCUAUAUAACAAAUAUGCGACACAUCUAUUUGGUGUAUAUAUACCAGGAUAAAAAAAUAAGCUUUCUUUUAGAUUCUUGUAUGGAGUUGUGAGAAGUGUCUAUUUUUCUACUCUUCUCCGUGGGGGGCAUAAUGGUGAUCUUAAAUCUGCAAUUAGAUGACUAACGUCUUUAAAAUAAACAGCUUUGAUAGUAA